AUGCAUAUCUGUGCAUUCGAGGAAGGUCGAAUCGGAGCUGCGGUAGCUCAUGCCUUCGCAGCAGCAGGAUGCGAGAGAAUUGCAAUCACAGACGUGAAUGAAGAUACCCUAGGGAAUACUAGGGAGGCCAUUGCGAAAGCGUACCCCAAAGUCCAGUUGAUCGCUCAGCCUGGCGAUGUGGCAGAUGAUCAGUUUGCCGAGUCGUUUAUACGGAAGAUUACCGAAUCAUUCGGUCGCGUUGAUUAUGCUGUGAAUUGUGCAGGCGUCCUUGGUACGCCUAUGAGAUCAAGUGAAACUAGUCUUGCAGAGUUUGACCGAGUGAACAACAUCAACUAUCGAGGUUGUUGGCUAUCUUCCCGUGCCCAGCUCAAGCAGAUGCUUGAACAAGAUCCGCUUCCUAGCCAUGACCCUACUCGUCCUGCACAAUGUGGCGCCGUAGUGAACAUUGCGAGCCAGUUAGGGAUUGUCAGUCGUUCAAAUGCGCCGGCGUAUUGUGCGUCAAAGUCUGCAAUCAUUGGAUUAACGCGUGCCGAUGCGAUCGAUUACUCGAAGGAUGGCAUCCGAGUGAAUUGUGUGUGUCCGGGUGUCAUUGAAACCCCCCUGGUUAUGGAGAAAGCGGAAGUAAGGGAGGCGAUUACCCCUGCGGCGAACAUGGCUCCAAUGCAGCGCAUGGGAAAGCCGGCUGAAGUAGCAGACGCAGUCCUUUUUCUUUGCUCAACACAAGCCUCAUUUAUCCAGGGACAUGCAAUGGUUGUUGAUGGAGGCUAUAUCACGGUCUGA